UAAAUUUAAGUGCGGCGCACACGUGCCUAUAACCCGAGCAUUUACUUGUAUUAAUCCUGUCAUCAUUUUUUUUUGGACUUGGUUCACUUUGUCGUUGUCAAUGAAGCUCUUAUUUUGAAAAUCUUUCCUCCUGCGUGGAGAGUGCAUGUGCACACACACGCACACACACACACACGCGCGCGCGUGCAAAGACGGCUAAACAGCGGCGCCGUGCUGGCUGGGCUGAACUGAGUGUUUAGGGGUGCAGAUACCAGAUCUCGGUCUUACCAGAGGGGUACGUAGAUCUGAAGACGCGUCUUAAGCGGGGAUGCCCGCUGCAGCAUCAGGUAGGCGGAUGGAGGCCGGUUGGGGCGGGGGGCGCUAGCUGGCGACAUGACUCACGACCUAAUUGUCGCUCUAAUUUGUAAAGAGACUUCUUGACGGAUGAGUGGAGGACCGUAGACCGAGCCGAGACCCUUCCCGGUGGCUCCGGGAGUAAGAGCGUGAGCACACCCCCCCGCCCCCUCCCCGCAUUGCAGAUGCAGACAAGUGGGGCGUGCUCGGAUGCGCCCGGCCGCCCCUGAUGCAGCUCGGCGCCGCCUCGGGGCUUUCCGCCGGCUGGGAGAGGCUGGGGGGGCCGCUGGGUGGGCCGCUGGGGGCUCCUCGGCCGCGCGUUGCCAUGCUGCGCCAGGCGCUGCACGCCGGCCUGAGCGGCGGCUUCCGAGCGCUCGGCCGCUUCGUCGCCAGCCAGCCGGUGCUGUUCGCCUCCGCGCCGGUGCUGCUGGCCGUGCUGCUGGGCGCCAGCUUCAGCCGCUACCGCGUGGAGGAGGACGUGCAGAGCCUGCUAGCGCCCAAGCACAGCCUGGCCAAGAUCGAGGGCAACCUGGUGGACAGCCUUUUCCCCAUCAACCACUCCAAGCACGCCCUCUACUCGGACCUGCAGACGCCCGGUCGCUACGGCCGAGUCAUCGUCACCGCCCGGCGCGGGAGCCUGCUGGAGCCGCCCAAUCUGGACGCCGUGCUCAAGUGGACAAGUGCGCAGACUACAAGCCACCCAUUUUCCGAGCUGCACAGACUCAUCUACCAGAUGCAGGUGACGGUGCCCCCGAGCAGCCCCGACAGCUUCAACUACUCCUUCUCGCACCUGUGUCUUCCCGACGACAAGAAGGCGUGCAUUGUGGACGACAUCAUCGGCGCCUUGGAGGAGAUCCGCUCGGCCCGGGCCGCCAACCGCUCGGCGCCGACGCUCCGCUACCCCAUUACACGGCUGGCCGGCGGGCGCCGGGCGUACAUCGGCCACCAGCUGGGCGGCGUGCAAACGCGGGGCCCCGACGGCGAGGGGGUGCGGUCAGCCCGGGCGCUCCAGCUCACCUACUACCUGCAGGCGCGAGGCGGGCUGAUGGAGGGUGUGGCCGGCCAAUGGGAGAAGGCCUUCUGUGGCCGGCUGCGGGACUUUGCGGCGCUGCACCCGCAGCUGCGCCUCUACCCGGCCACCUCGUCGUCCCUCGGUACAGACUUCCAGCUGUCCUCGGUGCUGGCGCGUCGCCCCCUGCUGGCCGGCUUGGGGCUGUGCGGUGUCCUGGCCAUCCUGUGCUGCUCCAUGCGGGACUGCGUGCGCUCCAAGCCCUGGUUGGGCACGCUGGCCUUGCUCUCCGUCACACUGGCGGGACUGACGGCCGCCGGGAUUCUCAACCUCAGCGGCUCCACCUACAACUCCACUUACCUGGGCAUUCCCUUCGUCAUGCUGGGUCACGGCCUCUUCGGCUCCUUCGAGAUGCUGUCGUCGUGGCGACGCACGCGCGAGGACCAGCACGUGAAGGAGCGUGUGGCGAGCGUCUUCGAAGACGUCAUGCCGCGCUUCUCGGGCUCAACGGUGCUCCACCUGAUGACUUUGGGCCUGGCCGCCUCGCCGCUCACCAACAUGGAGGCGGUGCGCCUCUUCUGCCGCACGGCCGCGCUCGCCGUGGCCGUCAGCUACGCCUACAUGCUCUCCUUCUACAGCUCCUGCCUGGUCUUCACCGGCUACCUGGAGACGGGCUAUCGGCACGGCUGCUUUUGUCGACGAGUGCCCCGGCAGGAGCGGCUGGAUUCCAAGCCGGCCUGGUACCGAUGCCUGAUGUACACCCGCUACCAGGAUGAGGCGCAGACCGCCACCGGGACACCGCACGGCCCAGGACACGCCCCUUACCCGGCCAAUGUGGCGCACACGCGCACUUACGUGCACCCACGGGCGGUCAACGACCAGCCGCCGAGCACGCCCGGCCACCCUCGGGCCUCGGACGCUCGCCCCCAGGACUCGCACCUUCUGCUGGGCUGUGUGAGGCGUUGCUACGGUGACUGGAUCACCAACACUUACGUCAAGCCCUUUGUGGUGCUGCUCUACCUGGUCUACGUCUCCUUUGGACUCAUGGGCUUCCUGCAGGUGGCGCAGGGCUCGGACCCCAGCGCACUGGUCGCCAUGGACACAGCCACGGCAUCGUACGCCCACGCCCAGCAGCUCUACUUCAGCUCCUACUCGCCCGUCAUCGGCUUCUACAUCUAUGAGAGCGCCCCUUACUGGAACGCCACCGUGCAGAGCGACCUUCUGGAGUACGCCAAGGGCUUCCAGCGCAUCAGCUGGCUGGAGGCCUACCUGUCCUACCUGGCGGACCGCAACCAGUCUGGCAGCUGCUCUCGGGAGAACUUCACUUACGCGCUUCGCCACGACUUCCUACGCGAGCCUCAGUUUGCCCACUUUGCCGACGACAUCAUCUUCGCCGAGCGGGGUCCGGGCCAGGAGCCCGAGGUGGCGGCGUCUCGCAUCUUCCUGGUGGCCAAAACCACGGAGAACAAGCGGGAGGAGAUGUCGGUGCUGCUGGACACGUUGCGGCGCCUGUCGCUCACCUCCCGCGUGCGCUUCCUGGUCUUCAACCCGUCCUUCGUCUACCUGGACCGCUAUGCUGGUGCCGUCAGCGCGCCCCUGCGCCACUCCCUCCUGGCCGCCCUCUUCCUGCUGGGCCUGUCCUCCCUGGCCUUGGUGGAGCCCCUGGUGUCGGUGUGGCUGGGGCUGACCCUGCUCUCGGUGCAGUUUGGCGUGCUGGGCUUCAUGAGCCUGUGGGGCGUGGAGCUGGACUGCGCGUCCGUCUUGUGCCUGAUCCUGGCGUUGGGACACGCCACCGACUGCAGCGGGCCGCUACUGUGUGGCUUUGCGGCGGGCCGGGGUGACGGCAGGACCCGCUGGGUGCGAGUGGCCCUCGAGAGGCACGGUGUGCCCUCACUCCAAGCCUUACUCUGCUACGGUGCCGCCCUGGCGCCGGUGGGCUCGGUACGCUCCAACCUGACGCGCACGCUUUUCCGCUGCCUGGUGCUGACGGCUGGAUGCUCCGCCCUGCACGCGCUGGCGUUCCUGCCCGCCCUGCUCACCUUCCUGCCGCCUUCCAAGAGCCGAGCCCGCCGGCCCGCUUCCGGCGACGCCCUCCGGCAGGAGGCCGAGUGCUUGGAGAUGGAAGACGGCACUCGGGUGGUCGAUCAAAUCACCACGGUCUGACCUUGGAUGGAGGAGCCGGAUGUAGCGUUUCCAUGGCGACGGGCAAACGACCAAAGAGCCGAGCUCAGGCACGGCCGAUCUCAUCGUUCAGCUGCUGCCGACUGUUUGCUUGUGUAUAGUUGAGCGCCGCUCCGCGUGGACAAAAGUUCUGGGACGCACCUCGCAAUCAAUAAUACCAUCUCAUCAAGAACAUUUUCAACAAUUAUCUGCUUCCGAGGCCUUCUUUGCUUGAAGUACGCAAAUCGCGGUCGCAGUUACUGAAUCACCAAGAGAAUUUGAGAGUAACUUUAGGUGGACACUCCUCCACGUUUGCUUUUCACUUCCCGUAGGAGUCCCAAUACUUUUGUUCAUUUCAGUGUUCUUAUCACAACAUGAGAAGCCAAUCAGCCGUAUCACUAUACAAAUGCCGGACAAAUAAAGUCAAGAGUGAUUGAAAGCUGCUCCGAUUGUCUUUCCAACUGCAAUCGUAACGUUUUUCUCGGUAAAAUAAACUAACUUCAUUUCAAAA